AAUACAUUUCUUUGACUGUUAUUGUUCACCCUGACCGCUAGGUGGCAGAGAUGCUACGUGAAUAUAAACUGAGCAACAGGAGCGUUUUGUUGAUGAAAAUGUUCAAUAAACUUGUUGUUCAGUCGUGUGUCGAGAUUACACCGUGCUAGUGAAGAUUAGGACUGUUAUUUUCGAGAUAAAUACUGAAUGAUUUUCUGAUUCUGGCGAUUUGCUCGACUGGAACGUUUCAAAGGAUAGGCCUGGAAACACAAGCACGAGCCUCGGACUGCAGCGUGCCCGUUUCUAUAGCAACGCAUAACACACUUGCGCGAGCAAGUCAUGGUCCGCAUCAGCGAGGAUCUGAUCCGCCGCAGAGCAGAGCACAAUAAUGGGGAGAUCUUCUCCCUGGAGGAGGUUUCCCUCCAUCAGCAGGACAUCGAGAGGAUCGAGCUUAUCGACAAAUGGUGCAGAGACCUCAAAAUCCUCUACUUACAGAACAACCUCAUCCCAAAGAUAGAAAAUGUGAGCAGACUAAAGAAGCUGGAGUAUCUAAAUCUGGCGCUGAACAACAUAGAAGUCAUCGAGAAUUUAGAAGGCUGUGAGAGUUUACAGAAACUAGACCUGACGGUGAAUUUUGUGGGUAAGCUGAGCAGUGUGGAGUCUCUGAAGCAGAACGUUCAUCUCAGAGAACUCUACCUGGUGGGAAACCCCUGUACUGAAUUUCAAGGAUACAGACAAUAUGUGGUGGCAUGUCUGCCUCAACUACAGUGGUUAGAUGGGAAAGAAAUCAGACGAGGUGAGCGUAUUCAGGCCCUGCAGGAACUGGAUGCAGUGAGGAGACUUGUUUUUGAGCAGGAGGCAGAGUAUUUAGAGAAAAGAGAGGAACAGAAAAAGAGUGGUUUGAAAGAGACAACCGAAAAGCAGGAUGAUCCUCAGAUAAACCAUUUGCUCUCUGAAAACCAAAAUGGGACCCAUCAGAAUAGAGGAACAAGCUCCAAGGUUUCCAAUGAGGAUAAAGAGAAAGAGUUCUGGGAAAAGCCUUGCUCAUUCACACCAGAAUCCAGACUAGAGGCCCAUCGCCAUCUGGAGGACAAGAGGAGGGCCAAAGAGAAAGAGAGAGAGAAGCCCAAAACCAAAACCACUAGAACUCUGAUUACUGCAGAUGGACGAGUGCUGAAUAUCAAUGAGCCCAAGUUGGACUUCAGUCUCACUGAGGAUGAGAACAACUGCAUGCAUUUGGAAAUACAUGUUUACAGGCAUAUGGACACCUCACUGCUGGAUGUGGAUGUUCAGCCAACAUACGUGAGAGUGACCGUCAAAGGAAAGGUGUUCCAGCUGGUUUUGCCUGCCGAAGUGAAGCCUGACAGCAGCACAGCACAGAGAUCCCAAACCACCGGCCACCUGCUCCUCAUCCUGCCUCUGGCACAUGGAGAGAUAAAACCAAAGAAACCCAUUGCCAGGCCAAGCAGUGUCACCAGUAAGCAAAAUAUCAAGAAAGCGACCAGGGCAGCGGCAGGGCGUGAAUUACUGGAGGUGGAUCCCGGUCUGGCUCAGAGUCUGGCCAACAUUGUUCCCAAAGGAAAGGAGUCUUCCCACAAGCCCCUGCAGCUAUUGCAGCCUCACCAGCGCUGUGGUGUUGAGGAAAGGCCUGUGUCAAAGGACUUCGUGGAUGAUCCAGAAGUGCCUCCACUUAUGUGAGCGAGAAAGAGAGAGAGAAUAUGCUAUUACAUGAGACAGCAAGAGAGCAUAAGCCUAAUCACACUCUCUGCUGAGCUCGUGGAAGUGUGUGUGUGAGAUAUAUUUAGUUCUAUUCAUUAGACAUGCAGUUAAACAGAUGAGUAAUUUUCAGUCUCAUUAAAGCUUGCUGAAUAUUUCACUGCUACACAUUCUUAACUUUCAGUGUGUUCUUGUACUCUUGAUGUGCAGCAUAAAUUAUUUUCUCCAUCCAUCUGAAAUAAUUGUAUUCAUGAUUGUAAUAUGUGUAAAAGUUAUUGCUAUAUAUGUACUCUUUUUGUUGUUUUUUUGUUUCCAUCAAAACCAGCUUGUGAUGUUUCUGGCCUCUGACCUACUAUUUUAAAUGAUCAUUUGUUUGUAGUAGUCAUAGCAAUAAAGACUAUGUCUAAAAUAAUUUUCCAUACAAUGUCACCUUUAUUUUUAUAGUGCUUGAUGCAAUACGUAUUGUUUCAAAGAAGCUUCACAAGUGAUAUUAAGAUGCAAAACACGCAAUUUUAACGGUGCUUCAAAUAUGAGACUUUUUUUUUUUUUAUGUUGCAAAAUUCAUUAAUUAUUAAACAAAAUUCAGAAAUAAGGCAGCUCAUCAAAAUACAAUAUUGUGAUCAUCCAGCUCAUUUCAGUUUCAUACCAAUGAGUUUCUUUUGGAAAUUAAACUGCCAACGCUGACUGAGUCUUUAGCUUGUAAAAAUUCUGAGGUGACAAACAGCUUCAAUGCCACUGUAGACAGCCUUACAUGUAUUGUCACCUGCUGGUGCAUGGCAUAACUACAUAAUUUUGAGUCCAAAAAAAUAUCCUGCACCUUUAAAUGCCACUUAUUACUGUAUUUAAGUAUUAAAUGUAUUAGAUGCUUUUACAUUGUUACAAAAAUGUUUAAUGUCAAAUAAAUGCUGUUUUUUUUUCAUUAUUUAUUUGAAUUAUUUCUGAAAGAUCAUGUGACACUGUCAUAUCACCAAUUUUGGUUGUCUAAAAACAAGGGGUGGCUCAACUUCCCCACAGGCUCAAAUCAACCCACUCUCCCCUAUUGCUGUUUUUACUUUAUUUUUUAUCAAAUUAUUUU